CGUCAAGUGCAAGAUGAGCACAAAAAAGAUUUUCGUUGUUUUUAUUAUUUUUUUAUCUUAUACUUUGGAUGAAAUUUACUCCGAAUUUAAGUUUACAAACUUUAACUGUACGUCUUUCGAUAAAAAAGUUGGAGAGUUUGAGUACUGCUAUCUAAAGUCGAUAAACCGCAGCUACAAAUAUAUUUCCGGAAAAUAUAAGUUAUACCAAAUCCCCUUUGAAAACCUAAAGGUGCAUUUUACAAUGUGGAAGCGUCUGAACGGCUACAAGCCUUUCCUCUACAAUAUAACGACGGAUGCCUGCAAGUUUCUUAAAAAUCCCAAGUCAAGCCCAGUUAUGAAGUACGUUUUUGAAUCCUUCAUCGAUUACACCAAUAUAAACCAUUCAUGUCCCUAUACAAACGAUUUAAUACUGGAAAAACUUCCUAUUGAAUUUAUGAAUCACCGGGUCACUCAAAUUCUUCCCAUUCCCGAGGGAGACUACUUACUUGACUUUCGUUGGCUUUAUUCCAAAUCUUUUAUUGCCGCUAUAAAAGUAUAUUGUACCAUAUCAUAA